GUUUCUCUAUCCGCCCGCCCGCGGUAUUUCCAAUCCAUCAUCUUAACCGGCCACUCUCAGCCUCACGCACCAACUGCAUACGUCCUCUUUACCAGGCUUCCAAGCCUCUCUACGAACCAGGCCGCCCGAGUUGGUUCACGAAGGAAUGCUGCCAACUUUUAACCAGGUGAGUUUGUCGACGGUAGUGAAACUACCUCGCGAGGUAUAAUGCCUGGGAUCCGGCCGCGGGCUUACACAC